GUAGAAGUCCCUAUUUCUUAGGCAAAGCUAGAGAAAUCCUUAGAAGUAAGAGAGAAUUAUGUUUCCGAUGAUGUUUAAAAUUCAGUAUACUUCUCUUGGUAAUUUGGUGAAGUGGACAAAUAUCCACUAAAGUCUACCUUUUGUACACAGAAUAGAUUAAUGAGAAGAUAUGAAAGAAUUGACUUUAGUCUCUUAGUGGCCUGAAGUGGCCCGAACUGGGUUCAGACAAUAAUGCGAAGGCUCCAAACAAAACCUAUUGUUCCAGAUUCCUGAGGCUGCCCUGCCUCCUGGCAUGUUAGUGAUAGUAAACAUUAGCAUUCAUAUUGUUGGAACCACAGGGGACCACGCAUGUUUAUCCUUCUUGGCUGAUAAUGCUUUGAAAGAAAUCCAUGAGUCCUUAUCAGGUCCCACCGCCCCCAAGUUAGGACUUACAGGGCAUCAGAGGAGCAUUUCCAUUUUUUACAGAAACAGGCCUGAGGAAUGAUUUUAGGUACAUUCUAAAUUAACCUAAAUUUGUUUUUCAGUGAGUUAAUUCAUAUUGAAUAUUGUACCUAAUAUUCAUGAUGUAAGAAGAUUGUAUAUACAUUAACCAUCUUAAUAUUUGAACAGUGAUUAAUAAAACAUAUAGUCGUAUUUAUCUCAAAUGUUUGUAAGACCUUCAACUGUCUUAAAAUUUGAUUGCAUUUUCAUGGGAUGUUUCUCUACAGAAAAUGUUUUGUUCAUUUAAUAAUUCAAUAUGUAUUUAUUGCACUCUUGCUAUAUAUAGAACAUUGUGCUUGAUUUGUCUGAAAUUAUGCAUUUAUCUAUUUAUUUAACCGAAUUUAUUGCAUACUGCAUGGUAAUACAUGCCAAGAGCUGUUCUUGGUACUUGGAGUUGUUAAAUUAGCAUCACCAGUGAGGACUCUAGCCCUCCUACAGCCUUGGUGCCAAUGGAGAAGUCAGACAAUACACAAGCCAACAAAUGCAUACGUACUUUGCAGAGAAGAAAGGAGAUGUAUUUGUAUUUUUUGUCUAGCUACGAGGUCCUGAUGUUAGGCAAUAGCAUGUGGAAAUUAGAUAGUUCAAUGUAAUGACAGCAUGGUCUGACUUAUAUGAGGCAAAGUAUAGGUUCUUUUACAGUCAUUUUAUGCAGGUCUCACAACACACAUGUAAGUUACAUGUUAUUAGUCCCAUUAUUUCAGACAAAGAAACUGAGGCCCUGAGAGAGUGGGUGAAUUUCUUUAAUUAAAGGUAGUACAUGGCAAAGGUUUUUCGAAACAAACCCUCACCUCUGACCAAAAGUUGCUUAUUAUUUUCUGCAUUGUUAUGUAACAUAUAUUAGAUUAAUCAUCAACAAAAUUUUUCCUUUCUACAUUUCAGGUUCAAAAUCUUUCAGGAAUAGAAAAUCUUUACCAAACCACAACAGAUAGUUUUUGCUUUCAACUUUUAAAGUACUUUCAAAGCCUCAUAUCUGCUUGUGGAAAAAAGAAAGAAAGGAAAAAACUGUUUCUAAAAAUUGCCCUUGUACACCGUUAUCAUAAAUCUCAGCCUUCUCAAGGCUUAUUACACUUUGUAGUCUUCCUUAGGAAAUGGAUGAAAAUUUGAGCUAGGACACAAACAGGAAGGCUCAGAGGCCACAUUUGUCCUGCAGGCCCCACCUCUUUAAAUAGCUACUGUGUGAUGGGAAUUAGUUCUCCACUUCGGCAAGGAACUCCACUGCCCCACUGCCCGGUGUCUCACUGGGCCUGCAGGUUGGAGGCAGCCGUACUGUCCUCCCCUGGGGGCGGGGGCAGCAGUCAGUGGUGUGGGGUGGUGAAUGUGGGCUGGGGGUUGGGCUUCCCACCUCUGGGCCAUGAGGACACCUGGGCUCAGGGAUGUUUUGUGCCCCUCCCUUAAGAAGAUCACCCCUGAAGACUUUUAAUCUGCCAAGAGAAAAUCCAUUCCUCGCUGCCGAAGAAUUAACAGGAUGCUCUCCAAUGAAUCCCUACAUUCUCCUGCAUUCAGCCGCUCCAACUCACAAGCCUCCGUAGACAGCGCCUCCAUGGAGGAUUUCUGGCGGGAAAUAGAAAGCAUUAAAGAGAACAGCAUGGGAGGGCAGGAUGAGCAGACACCAGCCGAGCUUAAGCCUGUGGAUGAGGGGGAACUUGAAGCAGAGUGGUUGCAAGAUGUGGGUUUAUCAACCCUGAUCUCAGGUGAUGAAGAGGAGGAUGGCAAAGCCUUGCUCUCCACAUUGACUCGAACCCAAGCCGCUGCAGUGAAAAAGAGAUACAAUACUUAUACCCAAACCAUGAGGAAAAAGAACAAGCAGUCCAUCAGGGAUGUCAGAGACAUCUUUGGCAUCAGUGCCUCUCCUCCAGAUGAUUUUUCUUGUAUCCCAACUCCUCUUUUGGAUGCAACCCUGGAUGAAGAAGGGCUCUCAGCAGUUCCCUCCAGAAAUGGCCUACUGCCAGGUGAUGCCUGUGACAAUCAUACUACGCAGGAGGAAAAAGAGCUGCCAGUAGUUACCAAAACCAGUGGUUCCUCGCCAGACGAUGCUUCUCUCAACAGUACUACUUUCUCAGAUGGGUCCCAGGAUGAAGGAGGGAAGUUUGCACUUUCCAGCAGUGGCUCUGUGCCUAUCCUUGAGACUAUUCCAGAUAUACCAGUUCAUUCCAAUGGAUCAGCAGACCCUGGACAGGCAGUUCAGAGUGCAGUGAGUGAUGAUGAUUAUCUGGAAAAGAACAUUCCAUCAAAAGCCGAAGAGCUGUCCUUUGAAGUAUCUUACUCGGAAAUGGUUACAGAGGCUCCAAAAAGAAAUAAAUUUAAGAAGUCAGAUUUUAAAAAAGAAGACUAUAUUUUAACUAAAUUUAUUGUUCAGAAAACCAGAUUUGGCCUAACUGAAGCAGGAGAUCUAUCUGCCGAAGACAUGAAGAAAAUUCGCCACCUCUCUCUGAUUGAAUUGACAGCCUUUUUUGAUGCCUUUGGAAUUCCACUGAAGAGAAACAAAACAGAGAAAGUAAAAGGAAGAGACAAUGGGAUUUUUGGAGUUCCACUUACAGUCCUACUGGACAAUGACCGAAAGAAGGACCCUGGAGUAAAAGUUCCCCUUGUAUUACAAAAAUUUUUUGAGAAAGUUGAGGAAUCUGGUUUGGAAUCUGAAGGAAUUUUUCGACUUUCAGGAUGUACUGCCAAAGUCAAGCAAUACCGUGAAGAACUGGAUGCCAAGUUUAAUGCUGACAAAUUUAAAUGGGACAAAAUGUGCCACAGAGAAGCUGCAGUGAUGUUGAAAGCCUUUUUCAGAGAAUUACCCACUUCUCUCUUCCCUGUGGAAUACAUACCUGCCUUCAUCACUCUAAUGGAAAGAGGGCCUCACAUCAAAGUACAGUUUCAAGCCUUACACCUCAUGGUCAUGGCACUGCCUGACGCCAACAGGGACACAGCCCAGGCGCUCAUGACAUUCUUUAAUAAAGUGAUUGCCAAUGAAUCAAAAAACCGAAUGAGUAUGUGGAACAUUUCAACUGUAAUGGCACCAAACCUAUUCUUCAGUAGAAGCAAACAUUCUGAUUAUGAAGAAUUGCGGUUAGCAAACACUGCAGCCCACAUCAUCCGCUUAAUGCUUACCUACCAGAAAAUGCUGUGGAAGGUCCCAUCUUUUUUAAUCACUCAAGUCAGAAGAAUGAAUGAAGCCACAAUGUUAUUAAAGAAGCAGCUCCCAAGUGUCAAAAAGUUGCUGAGGAGGAAAACCAUAGAACGAGAGGUUAUAAGCCCUAAGACUUCAAAGGUACUACAGAAAUCGCCCUCUUUAAGAAGAAUGUCUGAUGUGCCGGAAGGAGUCAUUCGAGUCCACGCUCCACUGCUCUCAAAGGUGUCCAUGGCCAUUCAGCUCAAUAGCCAAACCACAGCCAAAGACAUACUGGCAAAAUUUCAGUAUGAGAACAGUCAUGGUUCCUCAGAAUGCAUUAAAAUUCAAAACCAAAGGUUAUAUGAAAUUGGAGGAAAUAUAGGACAGCAUUGCUUGGACCCAGAUGCUUACAUUUUGGAUGUAUAUCAUGUCAAUCCUCAAGCAGAAUGGGUGAUCAAACCCCAACCAAGUUUUUGAAGUACGUUCAAGAUGGCAGCUGGUAUGAAUUAUAUGCCAAGAAAAUUCUAAAUUAAGUAGGAUUAAAAAAGACUGCUUUUGACAUGUUUGUUUCCGUAACCCUCUUGGUGUUCCUUGGCCUAAGUGGCGUCUCCCGGCAUUGCCAGUGUGAACCAUGGAAGGGGAUACGGCUAACCAUUGGAGCUAAAGCUUUCUCAUGACGGCUCCUUGAUAAGAGUGAAGAAGAGAAGUUGUGGUUCUUCCUGAAGAAAGACCAAUCUAGAACAAGAACUCGAAUCAUUUCUAGUACUUUGACUUCACAGCAGAAAUGAACUUGAUUCUAUGCCUAGAGAUAAGAAACACUUCUAUAUGUAGCAAAUGCUACUAUGAAACACAAAGAGGUGGAAAAAGACUUUUUUAUACUUAACGUUAUAUACAUAUAUUGACCUUUUUGAGCAAGAAUGCCAGAAAUAUCAGUAACUUCCAUUAUGCAAAAUUAUUCAAAUCUAUUUUCCAAAGGGAAUCAGUUUCUAAAGUUACACAUACAAUAUUUAUGCUCUGACUUACUCCUGAAUUGGAGAAGGAAGAACUUUUUGUUUAAAAACACUGUAUUGUUACGCAUGUUGUACUGUAUUGUGACAAUGAGCAUUCUGGUGCAAACAAACAUUUCUUUUUGAUAGACUGUUGAAAAUUGAUAUUUUAAAGGUUGUUCCCUUGUGAGUAUGGGGACCCUAGGCAAGCUUAGUUCGACAAAGGGUAUUCUUUUGUUUUCAUAACCUGUGUAGCCGGAAGUCACAGAGUGUCUAUUAUUUUCAUCAUGAUUAUGGUGCUCAGUGAAGAACUUUCCAUGUGCCAGGCACUGAUUUCUUUUUCUGAUUGAAUAUAUCAUUUUUUCUAUUUUACAACUGUAGAUAGUCACUUCUGCAGCUCUGUUUUAAAAACACAGACUGCCUUUAUCCAAGAGUACUGAAAAAUACUGUUAUAUUUCAGAUUUCAUAUUCUCUAAAGGCAGGUUCUAUUUCUGUUUGUCAGUAAUAGUCAUGGCCAAGCACUGUGGAUUAGCAUCAAGUGUUAAAGUCAGGUGCAUAUUUUGUGAGCAGAAACUGUCUCACUAUCAAGAUCCUGUGGAGCCCUUUUGUAGACCUGCAAGAACACACAAUCCCCUGUGAUUCCAACAGAGCAAAUCUAAAAUGUGCUGAGGGGGUCAGACAGCUCUGCCUCUUAUCUUGAGAAUGCAGGGAUAGUCAUUUUAGGGUUAGCUAGAAAUGCAGCAGCAGUCUCAUCUGUCCCACAGGCUUUGGAUUAGAAGCCACAGAUUGGUAUUUUGAUGACUUUAUAUCAGUUUUAAUGAGAUUUAACACGCAAGUGACUCUUGCGGUUCAAAGGAGAGGCAAAGUUGCUCACAGUUGCAGAAAACAUUAAAUAUUACCAAGUCUUAAAACGUUAUAAUAAUUUAAGCCCAUAUAUAGAAGAACAAUUUUAUAUACUGCAUUUUGCCUUGACGUCUAUAAAAACAUUACUUAUAUUCAACUUGUAGGUAAUUCUGUUUAUGGUCAUUAGGGUUUUGUUAUAUUUUUAUAGAAAACUCAAAUAUCUAUUCAUUUUAUUUAUUUGAGAAUUUUCAUUUCCUUUUCCUGAAAACACACUAGAAAAUAAACAUGUUCUGUUACAUUCAGAUUUACAUUUUAUUACUUUUCAAUAUAUGGGUAAUUGAUGGCAUGUGAGUUUACAUAAUAAACUUCAAGAGUCUGAAAAAAUGCUUUUAUCACCUUUGCAAUUCAAACAACAAGAGUAAACAUUUCACUUUAUGGACAUAAGAUGGCAGUAAUAUAUGCCUACAUACACAGAAGAAAUUCUUCAAAUUAGCUACCUUACACUUCUAUGAAUAUAUGAAAACGAUUGAUUUAUCUCAUUAUAUUUCUUACCAUUUUGAAUAAAUUCUGUUGUGUUUAUAUAGAAAAUUCAUUAAUCUAUUCAUUUUUUCCUUAGGAAUUUUCAUUUAUUUUGACUGAAAACACAUUAGAAUCUAUAUAAGAGUUCUAAAGAUUUCAAGAUUUACUUCACUUGUCAUUGGUUCUAAAUAAAUGGCUAACUGAUGACAGGUAAAAGCAGUAAGUUUCUGAAUUUCUUAACUGCUUCUGUGUGCUUUCAGAUAUCAAUGACUUGGCUGAGCCAAUGACUUUAAAUUACUCAUUUUAACAUAGUCAAGGAAGUGUGACAACUAUCAAAUAAAUAUAUAAUAUGGAAGGCCUUGUCCAUGCCAAUGCCAUUAUCCCAUGAUAGCCAUUAUUCUUAGUCUUAGGGUUAACUAACUGAUUCAGGGAGAAUUGCCAGCAGACACACAGACUAAUUUUUAUGUGGGUAAACAGGUUCUUUUUACUUAAAGAAUAAACAAAUCCCUAAAUUUAACAUUCAAAAAUGCCUGCCACCUAAAUAUUAAAAACUACCUGCCUUAUCAAGAGUUGUUUUAAAAUAGUUAUAGGAAUCUGUAAAAUUGCAUAGUAUAUUUGCAAGUAAGAGCAGAGUCAGAUACUGAGCUUCUAAAUUCUGUUGUUAAUAGCUUCCCACCCCAUCUCAUCCCAAGUGCCCUUGGUGUAUAGUUAGGAAAGUAAUAUCCAGAAGAGUACUAAAGAAAAUUAACCUGUUAGGAACACCUAUUCAUAAAAAAAGAAGAAACCCUAGAAGUGGCUCAUUUUUUCCUCUAUUCUGCAAAAAGGAAUCCCUUUGUUAAGCAGCUCACUUGGGGAUAUAAUUCUUGGAGUGAAUGAUCUUCAAACAAACUGGAAUAUUAAUCUCUUUAUAAUGUACACACAAUAUAAACUACCUCACUUGCCUUUCUUGGGAAAAAGAAUUGAUGGACUUUAAUAAUUUGUUUUACAAACUGUCCCUAAGUCUUACUAGUUUUCACUUUGGUUAGCUUUCAGUGUACAUUUAAUAACAUACAUUUGAUAAUGAAAAGUGUUUUUAGCAAAAGCUUUAAAGCCAAAAAACACUCUGGAAUGUGACCUGUGGUGUACUCGGAGACAUUGUGUCCUGUAGUCGUAGUCCCGGGUGUUGACCACACUGACAUGUGGGUCUUCAGUGCAAGAGUUCACAUUCCUCUCUCCUUGCAGGCAUUUUCCGACUGCUUGUCCUCCAUUGCCCUUGACUAAAAGGUAGUAUGAGAUAAACAUGACCCUUCUUUCUAUCGAGCAUAUUUUAACUGUUGUUCACGAAUGUAUUACAUGCCUGAAAAGAAUGUAUGUUAUGGGAUUGAAUAGUUCCUAGUUUCUGACUGGCAUUUUCAACACUUUUCCAUAAAUAUGUCACUUAAUAAAAAUUAUGUGACAUGGAUUAGAAUGUUUCAAGCACUCUCAAUAGUUUUAUACAUGUCCCUUAAUUUGAAAAUUGCAUGCUUUCUUUCAGGCAUUUUCCAACUAUUUUCUAAAACUAUGUGACUUGACUGAAAAAAUCAUAAUGUCAUGAGAGGAAUGUCAAUGUUUUAUGUUGUCUCUCAUCUUAAAAGUUAGUAAUGAUUAUUUUUAACUUUAUUUUAUUGUUGCCACUAUUACAGACAUCCCUAUUUCUCCCCUACCUUUGCCCACCUCCACGCAGCCCCCGCCCCUCCUUCCCUCUGACCAUCGCCACACUGUUGUCUGUGUGUCAUGCAUAUAUGUUCUCCGGGCAAUCCCAUCAUCUUUCAUUGUGAACUAUAAUAUGGAUGUUGCAUUUUAUUCAUAACAAUAAAGAUAAACAAACUGAAA